AUGACGCCGCCGCAAGAUGCCACGCCCACGCCUCCGAACCUGCCGCAGAGCGUAGAAGCGUCCGCGACACCAUCCAGGCAGCGCGCGACACCACCCAGGCAGCCCGCGACACCACUCAGGCAGCCCGCCACACCACCCAGGCAGCCCGCCACACCACCCAGGCAGCCCGCCACACCACCCAGGCAGCCCGCCACACCACCCAGGCAGCCCGCCACACCACCCAGGCAGCCCGCCACACCACCCAGGCAGCCCGCGUCGCUGCCAUACCGCCGCUCGAACCCGAGCCUGUCCAAGCUGUUCGAGUCCACCACGACCCUCUCGACCCUCUCCCACUCACGCCCCGGCUCCGGCACCGCAACGCCGACUGCCUCGACCGCGCCCGCGCCCGGCUCCGUCUUCUCGCCGGGCGCGCGAUCCAGUGGGACGGCGACGCCCAGCAGCCUGCCGCCAGGCGUGUCCGAUGAGUACAGGACGCUCGUGCAGCGCGCAUUCGUCCCGCACGUCGCCGUGUUGGCAGAUGCCGAGACCGAGAAGCUCAUCAGGGGCAAGGGGCUGACCGGAGGCUUGCUAGACCUGCUCAGGCCCUUUGGCGAGCUCGUUCCCGGCAAGGUCACCGUACGAGACAGCAUUGGCGCAAGCAAGAGCCAUGUCGAUUUCGGGGUGCGCUUCGUGGCCGUCGAGGAUGCCUACCCAGACCUCCGAGGGGGCCAGCGCGCAUCUGCCGACUCCACGCCGCCGCCACGACGGACCGGUGGCGACGUGUCGCAGAUCGAGCAAGUCGUGGACCGACACGUGCAGUACUCCGAGCUCAACCAUCAGGAUCCAACGUCAGACUACAUGGCCAAGCCCGAGCCGAGCAGACAGACGGAGAGCUCCGCCUCGCCUUUCUACACCCUCUACCUCCGCCGACUGCUGUCAGGCCUACCCAUUGUCCCUCACGAGACGUUUGCGCACCCUGUCGCGGGCAUAAUAGCCAUCAGCUCCUCCAACCCACAUCCAAUCGAAGAGCUUCGAAGGCUGUACAACAGACAGCAUGAUGGGGACCUGCGCUUCCCGCAAUGGGUGGAGAACGACUUCCUGCGCUACUACCUCCUUGUCCACGACGAGGAGAACGGAGACAUCGCAAAGUCCAAUCAAACCUUCGAUUCCAUGAAACGGCACUUUGGUCUACACUGCCACCUCCUGCGGCUGAAGAGUCAGGAGUGCAUACCUUCAGAUGAUGACAGCGUGCGAUUACCAACAUGCGAGUGGAUUUCCGCUGCCGAGGAACUGGCAGAGAUCCAGAAGCGAGAAACCACAGACGACAUCACCGAUCCCACCCCCUACUUCCCCGACUCCGAUAUAAGCAGCUUGCGCACCUUCAUCCGCGAACUUGUCACACAAUCCAUCAUUCCCAACAUGGAGCGUAGCGUGGCGACCUGGAACGAACAGAUCUUGUCUCGUCGCCGUGGCCUCUCAGGCCGCUUCAUGUCGCUCUCCAAGCGCUGGACCCCUUUUGGCAGCUCCCGCAACAGUGCCUCGGCAUCCCCUUCCUCCAACUCCAACUAUGACAGCCUGCAGGGUUUCUACCGCCCCGACGCCCCCGAGGCCAUUAUGCGCCGGCUGGCGGACUACUGCUUCAUGCUGCGAGACUGGAAACUUGCCCUCUCCACCUAUGACAUUCUGCGCACCGACUUCCAGAACGACAAAGCAUGGCGACACUUUGCUGGAGCCAGCGAAAUGGCCGCUCUAUCCGCACUCAUGGCCCCAACACCCCUCUCCUCGAAGAACCGAACCGAGAACAUCGAUGCCUGGAUCGAAGCAGCGUCCUACUCGUACACCGACCGCCAACGCAGCGCAGCACCUUACUACGCACUCCGCACACUCGCCCUCUCCACCGAGAUCCUUCGCCUCCGGGGCUCUAGCGCCGCCGACGACGCCGCGCGCUGGGGCACGCGCAUCCUCGAGACCGGACUCGUAGGCAGCACUGGCCACGCUCUCGUCACAGAGCGCAUAGCAGCGUGCUACAGCAUCCGCACAGGCAUCGGGACCUACCGCCUGGGCAGCCGCCGCAGGAAAGCCGCGCUCUGGGCCGUGCUGGCUGCCGAAGCGUGGUGGCGCCUGGACCGCAGCCAGCAGGCGGAGAAGUGUCUCGACACCGCUCUCCGGCUUUACCACACGCGCGCCGAGACCCGAGACGGCGCGGCCGUCAAGCUGCCGUUUGACGAGAUGCAGCGCUUCAUCGACGACCUGCGACAGCAGAUUCUCGGGCUGCGGCUAGCCAAUCAGGGCUUUGCAGCCGGCCCACACGAGCCGGAAGACGCCCACGGGAAGCCCGCGGUCGAGCUCGACGUCGUGGCUGAGACGCUGGACAAGAGUCCGCGCGCGCACAGGAAGAGUUGGAUGGCUCCUGCGUCAGCCGGCGAUGCUGGGCCGUUGAGCCCUGCGCUGGAGAGAGGAGAGAAGAGCGAUCCGCUCGCCGAGGGGUUUGAGUGA